UCUGUCUGCAGUCCCUGUCCCCUCAGUGCCCUGCCCACUGACCACGCUGUGUUUUUUCCCCAGGUCCACGCCUGGGAGAUCUCGGACCAGCUGCUGCAGAUCCACCAGGAUGUGGAGACCUGCUACUUUGCAGCACAGACCAUGAAGAUGAAGAUCCAAACUUCRUUCUAUGAACUCCCCACGGAUUCCCACGCCUCACUCCGGGACUCUCUGCUGUCCCACAUCCAGAACUUGAAGGACCUGUCCCCGGUCAUUGUCACACAGCUGGCUUUGGCAAUAGCUGACCUUGCCCUGCAGAUGGCUUCGUGGAAGGGCUGUGUGCAGACCCUGGUGGAGAAGUACAGCAAUGACGUGACAUCGUUGCCCUUCCUGCUGGAGAUCCUGACGGUGCUGCCGGAGGAGGUGCACAGCCGCUCGCUGCGCAUCGGCGCCAACCGCCGCACCGAGAUCAUCGAGGACCUGGCCUACUACUCCAGCACCGUGGUCUCACUGCUGGUGACGUGCGUGGAGAAGGCGGGCAAUGAGGAGAAGAUGCUCAUCAAAAUCUUCCGGUGCCUGGGCAGCUGGUUCAACCUGGGKGUCCUGGACAGCACCUUCAUGGCCAACAGCAAGCUGCUGUCCCUGCUCUUCGAGGUGCUGCAACAGGACAAGACAUCGUCCAACCUGCACGAGGCUGCAUCAGACUGCGUGUGCUCAGCCCUCUACGCCAUCGAGAACGUGGAGACCAACCUGCCCCUGGCCCUGCAGCUCUUCCAGGGCGUGCUCACCCUCGAGAGUGCCUAUCACAUGGCUGUGGCACGGGAGGACCUGGACAAGGUGCUCAAUUACUGCCGUGUGUUCACGGAGCUGUGYGAGACCUUCCUGGACAAGAUCGUGUGCACCCCGGGCCAGGGCCUGGGCGACCUGCGCACGCUGGAGCUGCUGCUCAUCUGUGCAGGGCACCCGCAGUACGAGGUGGUGGAAAUUUCCUUUAACUUCUGGUACAGACUGGGGGAGCACCUGUACAAGACAGACGAUGCUGUGAUCCACAGCAUCUUCAAAGCCUACAUCCAACGGCUGCUGCACGCCCUGGCCCGGCACUGCCAGCUCGACUCUGACCACGAGGGUGUCCCAGAGGAGACCGAUGACUUUGGGGAGUUCCGGAUGCGUGUCUCGGACCUGGUGAAAGACCUCAUCUUCCUGGUGGGCUCAGUGGAGUGCUUUGCUCAGCUCUACGCCACGCUCAAGGACGGGAACCCCCCCUGGGAGGUGACAGAAGCUGUGCUCUUCAUCAUGGCCUCCAUCGCCAAGAGCGUUGACCAGGAGAACAACCCGACGCUGGUGGAGGUGCUGGAGGGCGUGGUGMGGCUGCCCGAGUCGGUGCACACGGCCGUGCGCUACACCAGCAUCGAGCUGGUGGGCGAGAUGAGCGAGGUGGUGGACAGGAACCCGCAGUUCCUGGAUCCCGUGCUGGGCUACCUGAUGAAGGGGCUGUGUGACCGGCGCCUGGCGUCAGCCGCCGCCAAGGCCAUCCACAACAUCUGCUCCGUGUGCCGGGACCACAUGGCCCAGCACUUCUCGGGGCUGCUGGAGAUCGCCCGCGCCCUGGACUCCUUCGCGCUGUCACCCGAGGCUGCCGUGGGGCUGCUCAAGG